AACCCAACCUGAAUUCUUUUAAUGUUAAAAGAAAAAAAAAAACGAUUCCUUAAGCGGCUGCCGGCUGUGAAUGUGUUCUGCAGUUCAGCAGCGCCGCGUCGAGGAUUAACGGCCGUCGUGUUCCUGGGGACGGGUUGGUUUCUCGCUGAGCUCAUCGUGUGCUGUGCUGGAGCUGUGUGUGCAUCCAUCGAGGUCAGGGCGCUGCUGCAGAUUCCUGCCUGGUGCCUGCACCCCUCGGAGGCAGUGGCUGAUUUCACAACCGGCGCAAUGCUGGGACCGGUUUCCAGGUUCUCCUCUCAGUUCCUCACGCCCUUUUGGAAUCCCGAGUUAAUGGACCUGAUCUCAAUUGCCCUGAAUGUAUUCCUCCUCAUGAUAAUUUACAUCAUCUGGAGGAAACUUUCCCCGAAACCAGAGAAUGCGGAGUGGCAGGGAAUCUGGAGAGGGCUGGGAAACGUCUUAGAAGCGUGGGGAGCCCCGGGGUCGUCGCGUCAAGAACGGGAAGAAGCAGCAGCAGCAGCAGCAGGGGAGGAAGGAGAGGAAGAUCCGGGCGAGGGGCCCUCCCCAAAACCCCCGGCACCGAGAAGGGCAAGGGAAGAAACAAAGAGACACGGAGAGGAGAGCGAGGAGGAGGGAGGCACUGCUACCACUGCUCGCCAACCUCUGGAUAGGACUGAGAUCCAAGGCUGGAGAAAUGAGUUUGCGCGGCGCCCGAACGAGGCCGUUGUCUCCUGGUUGGUUCGGUGCUGGGACAGGGGGGCCAGCAGCUUGAUUCUAGAUGGAAACGAAGCUCGCCAGCUGGGAAGCAUUGCCAGAGACUCAGCCGUUGACAGAGGGAUCGGCAGGUGUCUGCCCGGAGCCACCAACCUCUGGGAACGAGUGUUAUUAGCCGUGAAGGAAAGAUAUCCCUUCAAAGACGACCUGGAGCCCGAGAUGAGAAAGUGGCACACUGCUGAAAAGGGCAUCCAGUAUCUGAGAGAAAUGGCCGUGGUGGAAAUGCUGUAUGACCCCAGGUUUGUUCCUAACAACCCGUGCCAGGACCACGAUCCCGAGAGACUGAGAUGUUCUCCAGAUCUCUGGCGGAAACUCACCCGAACAGCAGCAGAAACGUACGCGGGUGCGCUGGCAGCAACCUUUGAGAGAUACGAGGGCCGGCAGAGGAGACCCCCGGUUUUUGAACUGAUGCUUACACUUCAAAACUUGGAGGAAAUCCUCCCCCCCUCUCACGCUUCCAUUUCAGCCGUCACAGAAGUGAAAGAAGAACUGGAGAAAAUGAAGAAGAAUCAGGCCGCUUUACUGGGGGACUUGUCCCUCUUGAUGGAUUGUGACGAACCCGUUUCUGCAGCAUCAGAAGCACCCGAUGGAGAUCAGGAGGAUCUGAGGAGGCUGCUGAAGGAGCUGAUCCGACUGAUUAAAGGUGAAAUCUCCCCUUCACCUGCAUCAUCAAAAGUCUCAGCUCUCCAAGGCAGACGCCUUCCUGCUCGAGCAAAUAAUGACGGCGGUAGAUCCAUGGCCCGAGCCGCCUUGUGGAGUUACUUACGGGAGCAUGGAGAAGACAUGAAGGAAUGGUUUAAGAAACCCACUCCUGUACUACGAGCACGGGUGAGAGAAUUACAGCGCAGAUCAAGCAGCGAGGCCAUUGCCCCAGGUACUGCAGGGAACCCAUAG